AUGUUAGGUUAUCCAAGUGUACAUUUGGCUGGACUUGGUGCGCGUGACAGUUUACGCCUCGAAGCUGGCUUAUGUCUGUAUGGUCAUGACCUUGAUGAUUCAAUAACACCUGCGGAAGCCGGAUUAUCCUGGACAAUCGGGAAACGUCGUAGAGUAGAAGGUGGUUUUUUAGGCGCUGAUCGAAUUCUCUCUCAACUUAAAGGUGGUGUGGCGCGUCGUCGUGUUGGUCUUAUUAUUGAGGGUGCACCUGCAAGAGAAAUUUAUAAUUCUUCUGAUGAAUUAAUCGGCAAAGUAACAAGUGGAGGCCCGUCACCAACGUUAAAUAAAAAUAUUGCAAUGGGAUAUGUAAAAUCUGGAUAUCACAAGAGUGGGACUUUGCUUAAAGUUAAAGUUAGGAAUAAAUUGCAGGAUGCUAAAGUUGUAAAGAUGCCUUUUGUUCCUUCUAGAUAUCAUAAAUAA